AUGACCGAUACCACCACCCUCAAAGCAGCAAUCCUAGUGGUGUCUGAUACUGCUUCCCAGGAACCUUCGACAGACAAGGUUGGCGAUGCUCUCACACACGUCUUGUCAACGGCAGGCCCCAAUACCUGGGACCAGCCCGUUAUCAAGAUCGUCCCUGAUAGUGUGCUAGACAUCCAACGUGCUAUUUGUGACUGGACAGAUGGGCCAAAUUGGGUCAAUCUCAUCUGUGUAAGUGGUGGCACUGGUUUCGCGACUAAGGAUAUCACCCCUGAGGCGGUCUCGCCUCUUAUCCAUCGCCAUGCGUCCGGCCUGGUACAUGGCAUGCUUGCCGCAUCCUUGAAGGUUACACCGUUUGCGAUAAUGUCGAGACCCGUUGCAGGAGUGCGCGACAAAACCUUGAUUGUCACUCUGCCAGGCUCCCCCAAAGGUGCCAAAGAGAAUCUAGAAGCAAUUAUCAAGCUCCUUCCGCACGCAUGCAGCCAAACGGCUGGUGCGAACUCUAGAGCCCUUCACGCAGGCGGCAUCAAGAAGCUAGAGGUUGAGGCAGGAGUAUCUGCCUCACCCCAGCCAAAAAGCCAUGAUCAUCAUCAUCACCAUCACCAUCAUGACCACAGUCACGGCCACUCUCAUGGUCACGGUCAUGGCCACGCUGUACCCAGAGCACACACGAGUCCCUCCGAGCGGCCACAGUCCAACGACCCAAAUGCAGGACCGAACAGCCGCUAUCGAUCCUCCCCAUACCCCAUGCUCUCCGUUGAUGAAGCACUCAAAAUCGUCAGCGAGCACACGCCCGAACCCACCAUCAUCGAGGCCCCUGUGACCACAGCCCUAGUCGGGUCCGUGAUCGCCGAGGACGUUUAUGCGGCGGAAGCGGUUCCAGCAUACCGCGCCAGCAUCGUAGACGGAUAUGCCGUAAUCGCAGCGGCAACAUCCGAUUCUGGCCCAAAUACCCAAGGCAUCUUCCCCGUAGCCUCGAUCACCCACGCCAACGAGGGCGGGAUACUCACUCCCUUGGAGCCCGGAACCAUCGCCCGCAUCACCACCGGCGCACCGCUGCCUCCAAACGCCAACGCCGUCGUCAUGGUCGAAGACACCGUCCUCGCCACCUCUACUCCGGACGGACAGGAAGAAGCCACAGUUGAGAUUCUGACCUCCGAGAUCCAACCGGGCGAGAACGUCCGCGAACCCGGCAGCGACGUCGCCCUCGGCUCCCUCAUCCUCCGCAAGGGCGACCUCAUCACCUCUGUGGGCGGAGAGAUCGGCCUCCUAGCAGCCACCGGCACGCGGACCGUGAAGGUCUACCAGAAGCCGCGGGUCGGCGUUCUCAGCACCGGCGACGAGCUCGUCCAACACGACGACCCGCGCCAGCUCACCGGUGGGCAGAUCCGGGACUCGAACCGCCCCUCCCUCCUCUCCUGCCUCACGUCCUGGGGGUUCCCAACGGUCGAUCUGGGCAUCGCGCGCGACACCCCGGCCGGCGAACUCGAACAACGCCUCCGGGAUGCUCUCCGCGGCGUCGGGACGGCCGCCAAUCACGGCGUCGAUGUGAUCAUCACCACCGGCGGCGUCUCCAUGGGCGAGCUGGACCUCCUCAAGCCAACCAUCGAACGCUCGCUCGGCGGCACCAUCCACUUUGGCCGCGUGUCCAUGAAACCCGGCAAACCGACCACCUUCGCCACUGUGCCAUUUAAGCCUUCUUCGUCCCAGACGGCCGCGCAGCAAGAACGCCAGAACAAACUCAUCUUUGCCCUUCCCGGAAACCCGGCUUCGGCGCUGGUCACGCUCAACCUUUUCGUGCUGCCUUCGUUGCACAAAUUGAUGGGCAUGGGUUACAGACAAGGCGGAUCCGGACCGCCGUCGUCGUUGGGCCUGCCGCUCGUGUCGGUUGCGCUGGCGCAUCCGUUCCCCGCCGACCCCAAGCGCACGGAGUAUCACCGGGCGGUGGUGACGGCCUCCCGCUCGGAUGGGAGGCUCUAUGCCACAAGCACCGGACUGGAUGGCGUGGGUCAGCGAAGCUCGAGAGUGGGCAGUCUGGCCAGUGCGAAUGCGCUGGUAGUGCUUGGGCCCGGGAAGGGGAAGGUCGAGAAGGGGGCGUUGGUGGAAGCGCUGAUGUUGGGGCCGGUUGUGGCGCAGGUUUGA